UGCUCUGGCAGUUGAUCAGAUAUAUCUGUCUGUUAACCUAGGUGGCUAGUAUUAUGAAGCGUAUGUACCUUGUCUGGACACAAUUUCCCAUCCAAUAAUAUAAACAGGAAUAUCGUAUAACCCAUGCUGCUGCUUAUCAAUAUCUCGAACCAGCCAAUGAGAUCAAGCUGACUUCAUCCGCGGCUAUCAUCAUUUCUUCUCCGCAUCGACUCACCAAUUCAUCCAUCAACACCAUGAAUCACCGACAAUGUCUCGUCCAUGGCAUGGCCACUGGGGAGCUGCUCUUCUCCGAUGUUCCUCUGAGCUUUUGGGCAGGUGUGGAGCCUCAAACUGGACAAAUCGUCGAUCGCCACCAUCCCCUGUAUGGCUGCAACAUUAACGGCCGCAUUCUGGCCAUCCCAUCCAGUCGCGGUUCCUGUACAGGGAGUAUGGUUCUAGUCGAAAUGUUCCUUAAUGGGAAUGCACCGGCAGGUCUCAUCUUUCGCGACAAGGAGCAAAUCAUUACACUAGGGGCCAUCGUUGCAAAGGCCCUGUUUGAUCUUUCGAUCCCUGUUCUUGUCGUUGGGGAUGCCUUUGAUGCAUUACGGAAUCAGAAGUUUGCAGCUAUUUCUGGAGAAAACUUCCAGGCUAGUAAUCAAUCACUACCCAUGUCUCUUCCUUCGCCGCCACGAUCGCCCAGCGAUAUACAACUCACUGCCGAAGAAAAAGACAUUCUCAAUGGUAGCCAAGGACCGGCUGCUCAGAAAGCCAUGGAGAUACUGCUGAGCUUUGCGGACAUGCAAGGAGCCCACCGGCUUUUGGCUGUCACCAGAGCCCACAUCGAUGCUUGUAUAUACACCGGUCCUGCCAGUGUUCGCAUCCCUCAGAAGUUUCUCUCCAUGGGCGCCCGGGUCGCUAUUCCGACUACAUUGAAUGCAAUCUCAAUCGACAGGCGACGCUGGAAAGAGAUAGGAAUGGAUGACAGUCUGGCAACCAAUGCGGGCCAGCUGGUGGAUGCAUACAUGGCCAUGGGUGCCCAGUCCAGCUUCACAUGUGCCCCUUACACCCUAGAGGAUCCUCCGAAAUACGGGCAGGAUAUUGGAUGGUCCGAGUCAAAUGCAGUAGUGUUUGCCAACAGUGUGCUUGGUGCGAGGACACAGAAAUAUCCCGAUUUGAUCGAUGUAUGUAUUGCAUUGACUGGGCGAGCACCAUUGAGCGGGGCGCACUUGGACGAGGGGCGUGUUCCGACCGUUAGAGUUACGAUGAAACUGAAUCAGAUUGACGACUCUGUAUACCCAAUUUUGGGAUAUCUAAUUGGAAAGAUAGUUGGAGGUGACAUUCCACUUGUCUGUGGUCUGGAGCAGAGGAAUCCCCGGAUGGCUGAUCUAAAAGCGCUCGGCGCUGCACUUGCGACAACAGCGUCUGCUCCAAUGUUCCACGUACGAGGAGUGACGCCAGAAGGAAAUCAAUAUGAUGAACUGGAUACAGCCAGGGAAAUAUGUCUCGACAGUGCAGAUCUUGUCGACUGCUGGCAGGAACUCAACACCGCGACAGAUACUUCGGUAGGAUUGGUAUCUCUGGGGAAUCCACAUUUUGCGCUUGAAGAGUUCGAUCAUCUAUCUGGUCUCUGCAAGACUCGUACCAAAAGCCCCGGGGUAAAGAUAGCCAUCACCACCAACCGAGAGGUAUAUCAACAAGCAUAUAAGGCCGGAUUCAUCGACAUCCUCGAGGCAUUCGGUGCUGAGAUCAUCACCGAUACUUGCUGGUGCAUGCUACAAGAGCCUGUCAUUCCACUUGAUUGCCGCAAUAUCAUGACCAAUUCUGCAAAAUAUGCACAUUAUGCUCCUGGAAUGGUGCGGCGGGGCGUGCAUUUUGGCAGUCUAGCGCAGUGUGUAGAGGCUGCAUGCACGGGGACAUUCUCGAAUGGGCCAUCUUGGGAGUUAUUAUAGGCUGUGUGACGAUAGUCCAUGAUUCAAGAGUGUAUCUUCUUUUCUUUCUCAGUCUGAUGUAUUUGGAUGUAACCUCGGCUAGAGCUCUAUCUGGAUGGCAUGUGACUUCAUCGCAUAUCGGUGAGAAGGCGUUGCUACACAAACACAAGCCGUUGAACCAUUCUAGAUGUUGAGACCCUGCAUAUUUAGUGCAACUUGAUGAAGUACUUAUCUCAAUGUAUUCAGGUCGAGGUCUGACGUGAGAUAACAUCUUAGAGCUCUCUCGUUGAGAUUCAAAACGAGUUGGACUGUCUUGACAUGAAAAUCCGCAGCGACCAUCACAAUGUUUUACAAACCUAUCAUCAGUGUCAUUUCGCCAUCUCCUGCGUAAAAAUACCUCGGGGUAUCCCUGAAAAUGUCAAAGCCUUCUAUCGAAAAGCAAGGGAAGCUGUUCGAACAACUGAGGGCAGUGGCGGUUGUGUGCAACAACAAACUAUUUUAUG